CUUUGUCAGAAGCUGGAAAUGCUGAGCAGGAGUGGAGCGCAGCGCACCAGACUGGGAGCGCACGGAAACUUGUAAAGAGCAAUGUUAUUCUUUUUUCUUAUUUCUUUCUUUUUAAAAUUGGCUUAAAGCAAAUAUAGCUACGAUUGCAUUCAAACUCAUCCUUUAUUCUUUUUUCUUUUUUUGCGAGAGCAUGACGAAUGCUGUUCUUAUGACUGAUUUGACUUGAGGCUACAGGAGAGAAAGCGAAAUGGAGACGUUUACAAUACACGACAUGCUCAUGAAUUCAACUGACCUGAACAAGAUUUUAUGCAAUUUUGGGAUCAAGAACAUUUCGGAGUGCGAGAGCGAGCAAGAACCUUCACCCGAACCUCAAGACAUCAACCAGACGGUGCGGAUCGUCCUCUACAGCCUCAUCUUCCUCCUCAGCGUCCUGGGUAACAGCCUCAUCGUCGCUGUCCUGGUGAGGAACAGGCGCAUGAGGACCGUCACCAACCUGUUUCUGCUGUCUCUGGCCAUCAGCGACCUGAUGGUUUCUCUGGUUUGCAUCCCCUUCACCCUCAUCCCCAACCUCAUGAGAAACUUUGUCUUUGGCACCGGCAUGUGCAAGCUGGUCAUGUACUUCAUGGGUGUCUCGGUGAGUGUCUCGACAUUCAACUUGGUGGCCAUCUCCCUGGAGCGCUACAGCGCCAUUUGCAACCCGCUGACCUCCAGGACGUGGCAAACCAAAUCUCACGCCGCCAAAGUCAUCACUGCCACCUGGGUGGCGUCCUUCGUCCUGAUGCUGCCGUACCCCAUCUCCAGCACCCUCAAGCCCUUCACCCGCAUCAACAACAGCACCGGGCACAUGUGCCGCCUGGUGUGGCCUAAUGACGUCAUCCAGCAGUCGUGGUAUGUGUCUCUGCUGCUGCUGCUCUUCCUAAUCCCCGGGAUCGUCAUGAUGACAGCCUACGGACUCAUUUGCCUGGAGCUCUUCCGCGGCAUCACGUUUGAGAUGUCCAGCAGAAAAUCUAGCAGAGAAAGACAAUCCAGCACUGGAAGCAUCAAGCCCGGUGACAGUGAUGGCUGUUACCUGCAGCCAUCUAAAAAGAAGAGUAUCACGUUGAGUACAGGCCCCUCCAGCAGCAAGCCCAUGGCGGGCCGUGUGUCCAGCAGCAGCUCUAAAGCCAACCUGAUGGCCAAGAAGCGCGUGAUCCGCAUGCUCCUGGUCAUUGUCUUCCUUUUUUUCCUGUGCUGGACUCCCGUCUUUGUGGUCAACGCGUGGCAGGCUUUCGACCGGCGCUCGGCCUACCGCCUGACCGGGGCGCCCAUCUCCUUCAUCCACCUGCUGUCCUACACCUCGGCCUGCGUCAACCCCAUCAUUUACUGCUUCAUGAACAAGCGCUUCCGCCAGGGCAUGCUGGCCACGUUCACCUGUUGCAGCUGCUUAAGGAGGAGCAGUGGAGGGAACGGCGGCUUGGGGAGGUCAGCUGGAAGUGGGGUGGCUAAAGGGGAAGUGGCCAGAUUAAGAGCAGGGCCAAAGACCACCGAGCUGAAUGGUCAUACCCAACCAAGCGGAGGCAGCACACGCUUCACCUACACUGGCAUCCGUGCAUAAGCCUGGAGUGACAUGACUUAAACCGUAUUGAUGAGUAUGUGUGCGAGCUCUGGCCUGAGUGCAAACACCUGGAGGGAAUCUGCUGUGUUUUAACGUAAAGCCCUCACAGUGCUCAUAGGACUAGUUUAUGAGCAAAUAGGCUGCUUUAGAUUGAAGUGUGACAUGGCGUACAAUAGGUAAUGACUGUGGAGCAGCAGAGUAGAUUCAGUGCUUUCAAAGCAGAUCAACACUGCCAGAUGUGUCCCACAAGCUUGCGGUGUCCUGGAUGGCUGACUAAUGCCUGAUCAUAUAAAGCCUUGAAGGGCCUCAAGUCUGACAUAACAACGGAGUGUUUAUACAAAGCACAUUGCCAAUUAAUCUCAUUGCCACUCUCCAUAAACCCUCUUUAAACACAUUACAGAGACAAAAUAGUCUUUCCAUACGGUUAAUUGUUUUGAACUAUGUGCACCAGGUGAGAAAUAUCUAAAUCCCGUUCCAUGGCAGAAGGAUUAGACGACGGGAUUAGUUCGUUCAAAUUACAAAAAAAUUAUAUAUUUUCUUACUUACCGGUUGUGAAACCAGCUAAAUUGAAUAAAAUGUUAAUUACAAUUGCCUAGAAGAUGGGAAAAUACAUGUAAAAUGAAUUUUUAUCACAAAAUAGUCAGCAGUAUAUAUGAAUUGUAGGCGAUCGGCUAAAACAUAAAAAAAAAACGACUUAUAUUUUAAACAGGCUUAUUUUUGUCAGCUUCAGCAGCGACUGCCUGUCACACGGCAACGCAACUGUAAUCAGCAGCUUCGAAACAGUCCUCCAGCGCACAGUUCUGCUUUUGUCCUUGACCCACUGUGUGUGUGUGUGUGUGUGUGUGUGUGUGUGUGUGUCUAAAGGGGUUGUACUGUUUACUAGAACGGGAGAGGCCUUAUCAUUUAGUGGGACUAUGAACACCUGUAUCCUCUCCUCUUCAAAGCGAAUUCCCGGCCUUACCAACCUGAUUUCCACUAAUUUACACUGUUAAAUAAAGCGUACAGAGUGUAUGUAGCAACUUAUUCUCAUUUUGUUGUUGUUGACCAUUUUAUUUUACUGUAUCAAUAUGUUGCAAUGUUAAUAUUGUUGUAUAAAUCCUUACUUGAGGGUUUGAUGCAUUAAUGGAGAUUUUUGUUAUUUGUUUAAGUGUUUAGUUUUUUGCAUGAUAAUGUGCCUAAUUACAUGGAGGGCAAGUUACACUUGCACAUAAUUGAAUGUAAGCAGUGAUUUUAAAAGGUUGAUAUACAUCUGAAAUUGUUUCUAGGGACUGUGUUGUGUUCUUUUGGUAAUGUACGGACACACAAGCCAUCUUCAAAUAACCAACGUCUGACUGACUAUAUAAAGACCUCGAGCGCCCGGUGUGCAAAUGCAUCUGCAAAGGCUGGGGGCAGCUUUUAACGGCUUUAAUAAAAGUGGGUUUAAAGUACAGAGGACAUUAGGACCCAGACAAGUGGUGGAAAGAAAAAGUGGAAUCUGCUGGGACUUAUUCCCAAGAAUAAGAGCUCCACGUAGACUUGAUAGAUUGCUAAAGGUCUGGGAGAUGCUGUGACUGAAGAUGUACACGUCUAUGUUAUUCAUUUUUUCCUGCUAAA